UCCGGUUCCGGUUCCGGUCCCGCCGCUCGCUGCCUGCCCCGGCCCCGCUCCGCAGCUCCGACCCCGCCGGGCUCCGCCGGGCCCCAGGCCACGCCCCCUCGGCCCUCCCCGAUUGGCCGCCUCUCCCCACGUGACCGGAAACCUUUCUUCUUUAUCUUCCCCUUCCUCCUCGCCAUUGGCCGGCGGGUGGGCGGGCGAGCUGGGCGGUGACGUCACCACGCACAGCCAAUCGCGGCGCGCCUUUUGCGGCUCGCAGCCAAUCGGAGAGCUCCGGGGGCGGGGCGAGGCGUGCGGGAGGGGCGGAGCGGGCGCCGCCGCCAUUUUGUCGCCGUCACCGACCCGGUGAGAGGCAGCGCGGGGCCGCGGCUGUCGAGAUGGUGAAGCUGUUCAUCGGGAACCUGCCACGGGAGGCGACGGAGCAGGAGAUCCGCUCCCUCUUUGAGCAGUACGGCAAGGUGCUGGAGUGCGACAUCAUCAAGAACUACGGCUUCGUGCACAUCGAGGACCGCACGGCGGCCGAGGACGCCAUCCGCAACCUGCACCACCACAAGCUGCACGGCGUCUGCAUCAACGUGGAGGCCAGCAAGAACAAGAGCAAGGCCUCCACCAAGCUGCACGUGGGCAACAUCAGCCCGGCCUGCACCAACCUGGAGCUGCGGGCCAAGUUCGAGGAGUAUGGCCCCGUCAUCGAGUGCGACAUCGUCAAGGACUACGCCUUCGUGCACAUGGAGCGGGCGGAGGACGCGGUGGAGGCCAUCCGGGGGCUGGACAACACCGAGUUCCAAGGUGACGCGCGGGCCGGGGCUGCGGCCCUUGGCUGGGAGUAGGUAGCGCCGGGCUGGGCCCGAGGCAGACGGUCAGGUAGGAGAGGAGGCGCGGGGCCGCCUGGCCGGGGGGGUCCUCGGCUCUUUCCUGCCGGUUCCGCGCUGUGGGGGGAGCUCCUGUGGCCGUGGGGCCGCAUACUGGGGGGCUCUCUCAGGGUCUUCCCAACGGGGUGCCUGUGCGCAGCCCCAUCAGGGAGCUGGGGGACCCCAGCUGGUGCCCCCGACCCAGUUCGGGGCUGCGACACGUAGACGUGGCGGAUGCGAGCGGUGUGGUCGCUGCCUUCACUCUAACCCAAAACCAGGGAGUUUUGCUGCCUUUUCUCCCCGGAGCGCGAUAGAUUCGGUGCUGGCCCCAUUCAUGGGGGCCCAGGAGAACCCCGCUGGGGCCGAAACCUGCAGGUUCGGGUUGAAUAAAGCGCCGAGAAGCGAUGCCACGCGUGUCACUGCCUGGGCAGGGCGUCCCCUCGCUUCCUGGUACCGGUGCUGCUGUGGCCGCGUCCCGUUGCGCUCGUGGUCGCGUGUCGAGCUUGAGCGUGGUGCGGUGCUGCCCCGUGGUUGUGCUGCAGCUGGGGCCCGCUCCCGUGGGAGAGCGGGUUUGUGCCUCUCCGUUCUGCCAGCGGGCUGGAAACGGGGAGAAAAAGGGGAAAAUAAAAAUUAAAUACACCGUGGGGUUGUCUGUCCCCGGGGCGCCGCGGUGUCAUGAGGCUCUGAGCCGGCUCCGCACCCGCGCUUACCAGGUCGCUUCGGCCCUGUCCCUGUGGGACCGGUUGCAGGAGGAGAAGGAGGAGGAGGAGGAGAGCCCCCG